CCAACCAUGAACAGGAAACAAUGUUUUCUUCAAUUUUUCGCCCUGGUUGCCUUUACAUCGAUGGUAGUCAUCGUCACUUUGUACACAGUGAAUUACUUCAAAGUAGAACAACAGAAAUUUACAGAGGUUGGGAUUCAAGAUUCUUUUGUUUUUGAAAAUAAGCAGAAGAGAUCUUAUGGUUUUGGAUCAGGACCUCUGGCUUUUGUGCGGAAACACGGUCGAGUGAACAGAUUGGUGGGGCUGGAUUUGGACAAUAUGACCACAACAGAGCUGUUAUUGACCAUACACAGUCAUUUGGAUAACAUUGAUACGAUUUGUGAAAGAAAAGUGCGUAUGGGUAACCUUGGAGACGGAGGGUGGGAGAUUUGUGACGACCCGGAUGUGCGCCCCACGGCGCCCUGUAUCAUCUAUUCUUACGGGAUUAACUACGAUUUCUCGUUUGACGAUGACGCAGCCAGAGUGUACGGCUGCCAUGUUUAUUCUUUUGAUCCUAGCAUGGCCAGAAUGGGGAAUCAGGUCAACAGGUCAGAGUUUGUCCACUUUUAUAGAGUUGGAUUGGGUUCAAAAACACAAGUUGUCAAAAAUUGGACGCUCUACACUCACGAAGAUCUGAGAAAAAUGCUCGGACAUCAGGACAAAAUCAUAGACGUUAUUAAGAUGGACAUAGAACAGUAUGAGUGGAAUGCAAUUCCCGAAAUGAUAACCACUGGUCAGUUAUCCCAAGUGCGACAACUCCUGGUGGAGUAUCACCUCUCUUACUUAUAUUGAUCUCGUUUGCUCCCACAGCUUAAAACAAUGCAGCUUUUGGAAAAUGCUGGAUUUAAACGAUUUUUGUCACAUAAAAAUGCAAAUUGGGAUAUAAAGAUACCGGAUUUUCCCACCUUAAGAAGUAAAUGUUAUGAGGUCCAUUACAUUCGCAGGUAGAUUCAGAGCAUGUAGUAAAAAGACAUCGCUCUGUUCUUGGAAAGUUUUAACUCAUAGAUUGUUCUUUCCUCUUAAAGGAAUAUGC